AUGUCGAGUAGUAUUGUAGGCUUUUCGUCUCAUCCGUUCAAUAUAUUGAAGAGAACGAUGUCACAAAGAUGGCAAGUUAAUCUUGUUGUGAUGAGUUUGCUGAUAAUCAAUGUAGUGAAGAUUCAAGCAGCCACAUAUCUGUUGCCGAUGAAAUUUGAUGAAUCAGGACAAAUGUACAUUGAAUUUGAUGGGAGGAAUAUUUCUCUAAGUUCAGAAUUCAUCUUAACAGUCAAAGAUGAUGACUGUACAAAAACACUUUCAUUGAAGCCACCAACCAAAAACGAAUUGUUUGCAAGAAACGGGUAUCGUCCGGCAUCUUGGUUGUGUAAAAGUUGGUUUGCACCGAAACCGGUUAAUGACUCCUAUCAGAAUGAAAUAGAACAGUACUAUGAAGGCAAAUAAUGUUCUGGUUCAGCUGUACACAAUGGAAUCAAUAAAUAUUCAGAACACAUCAAGAAUUUCUUUACUGCAUAUUCUGAGGAAACGAAGAACCUGUUUUUGACUCAAACGUGAUGUUAACCACUUUAUAAAUCAGUUUACACAAAUGGUC